CCGUCAGACGCACACGCGCGUGCGUACACGAAGGAGUCGGGUGUUGAGAAAGAAAAACUGAAAACCCUCGGCCUCAAUAGACAGAACAGAAGCUGAAGAAGGGUGACCGCGCAGGUAAACGGGAUAGCAGGGAAAGCUAAUAUGGCGCACUUGACGCGGCGAAGUCUUACAUCUCUUCUCUCUCGAACUCUUAAAUCCUCAUCGUCGUUGUCUUCUGUUCGUUCUCGGUUCCCACUGGCAGUGCUCGACAAGCAGCAACAGUUACUCUCUCCCGAGCCAAGAACAAUUUUGACUAGGUCGAAAACAUCUGGGUCGGGGUAUUCGCCCUUGAACGACCCUUCUCCGAACUGGAGCAACAGACCCCCUAAAGAGACAAUCCUCCUCGACGGCUGCGACUAUGAGCAUUGGCUCAUCGUCAUGGAAUUCCCCAACGACCCUAAACCCUCCGAAGACGAGAUGAUUGCCACAUACGUCAAGACCCUGACCGCAAUCGUUGGAAGCGAAGAGGAGGCGAAGAAGAAAAUCUAUUCGGUUUGCACGACUACUUAUACGGGCUUCGGUGCUCUGAUAUCGGAAGAGCUCUCUUACAAAGUUAAAGGGCUACCUGGUGUUCUUUGGGUAUUGCCGGAUUCAUACCUUGAUGUGCCGAACAAAGAUUAUGGAGGGGAUUUAUUUAUCGAUGGAAAAGUCAUUCAUAGACCACAGUUCUGGUUCAACGAGAGACAACAAACCAGAAGCAGACCUCGACCACGAUAUGAUAGACGCCGUGAAACAAUGCAGGUUGAAAGAAGAGAACCAAUGCAAAGAAACAGCUGGGCACAAGAUCGGAGAGAACCUACAAAUCAACCAGCACAUGAUCCAUUGCAGAGUGAGUCACUAAAUCAAUGAGACUUCAGAAGAGCACUGCAUGAGGUUUCACUAUUGGCUUACCAAAGUGGUGAACUUAGAGAAUUGAAUUAAGAUUCGAAAAAUUUGUAACUUUUGAUUUAUUGACGAGGGUCUCCCUUGCAUUACGAACUGUACUUCAUGAAGAUUGUGGAACAUAAAUGUAGCAUGACAUUAUUUUUUCUAGGAUGGUCAGAAUUGUGAAUAUUCUGUAGAUCUUUUCUA